CAUCCAGGCGCGGAUGCUGAGAGUGCUCCUGGCGCCUUGUCUUAUGAUUUGUGUGGGGAUAAAGAAGAAGGGAAGUCAUGGGGAGAAGUAAGUUGCUGUUUCCUCUCAUCCUCUUUGCUGCAAUGCUGAUGGAUACCGGUGCCAAGAAGUGUGUAUGCAAAGGAAAGGCACCGUGUCACUGUGAUGGAAUCAAAGGCGCCAGGGGAGACAGGGGUGUUCCAGGAGCUCCAGGUCUUCCAGGCCCAGAAGGCCGCAAAGGAAUGGAUGGUCAUGCUGGGCCAAUGGGACCCAAGGGCAAUACUGGACCUGAUGGACGUGCCGGCCCUGCAGGAGAUCCGGGUCCUGAAGGCAAAGAGGGUUUUGCAGGCUCCCAUGGUUUACCGGGUAUUCCGGGUCUGCAGGGCCCACCUGGGCCACCGGGGGCUCAUGGCUGCAAUGGAACAGAUGGAGAAGAUGGACUUCCUGGUGCUCCUGGUGUCCCCGGACUUGAUGGACCUCCUGGUCCACCGGGUCCUGCUGGACCAAAGGGUCACUCUAUUGUAUCAGUGGGUCCAAUUCCAGGGCCACCUGGACCUCCUGGGAAAACAGGGCAGCCGGGACAGCCAGGUUUCCGUGGAUAUUCUGGAGCAAUUGGUGACCCGGGACUACGUGGCCCGAAUGGGCUUCCUGGUACUCCUGGGAUGCCAGGAUCAAAGGGUCAGGGGGGCAUCGGUAUUCCUGGACCAGCUGGACCAAAGGGAAGACAAGGACCUAAAGGUCCACCUGGACCACCAGGUCGGAUAAUAAAGGAGUUCAUCAGUGACGGUGAUGUGUUAAAGGGUCCAAAGGGGGACCCAGGCGAUACUGGACAAAAAGGCUGUAGGGGUCCUCCAGGAGACCCUGGCGAUGGCUACUCCAUAAAAGGAGAAAAGGGAGAAAAUGGACAAGAGGGUCCUGAAGGAAAGAUGGGGAAGGAUGGUGAACCUGGACAACGUGGAUUUAUGGGAAGGCCUGGCCCAAAAGGAGGUCCAGGAUAUCCAGGAACAGAAGGAGGCCAGGGUGCAAAGGGGGAUCAAGGUGAUCCUGGUCCACCUGGGGAAAUAAAAAUAUUGCCGCCUGAUGAUGUGCUGCUACUAAAAGGAUACAGUGGUGAUCCCGGUAAUCCAGGCCAACCUGGCCCUCCAGGACGCCAAGGUGCUGUGGGAUUUCCUGGCCCUCGGGGACCGCCAGGAGAUUCAUAUGAUACACAAGGGCCACGAGGUCCUGAUGGUCCCCGAGGUCCCAAAGGAGAUCCUGGUGAGCCGGGUGAUGCUUAUCCGGGACCCUCUGGUCCAGAGGGGGAUCCUGGUGAACAAGGACCCCCAGGGAACCAAGGUCCACCUGGCCCUCCCGAAGAAAAAGGCAAAGAAAUAGUUAGAGGUCCACCUGGAAUGAAGGGAGUCAGGGGUCAACCCGGCCCUCCAGGAUAUGAUGGCAUUUAUGGAAUGAAAGGGGAAAAGGGCGAGCCCUGCUAUAGAUGUCCAGGAAAAGGAGAUCCAGGACCACCCGGUCCACCUGGUCCACCAGGAGUACCAGGAUAUAAUCAAGGGCCAGGAGCUCGAGGUGACCCAGGUUUCCCAGGAAAUCGAGGCUUGCCUGGAUUACCGGGUCGUAUUGGGGAAACAGGUGUUCCAGGUAUCCGUGGACAAAAGGGAGAGUCAUAUUUUGAUGGUAGACCAGGAGUAAAAGGUGAGAAAGGAGACACAGGGUAUCCUGGGAGCCCUGGAGUAGAUGGCUACCCGGGGCCUCCAGGAUUACAAGGUCGCAAAGGUGUCCAAGGCCCUCCUGGGGAUUCGUACGGCCAAGAGGGAGAGAAAGGUUUUCCAGGUCUACCAGGGCGUUUGGGCAAACCAGGACCACAAGGUUACCCUGGGGAAGUGGGAUAUGGGCCACGUGGACUCCCAGGAACUAAAGGGAAUUUGGGUGUAGAUGGCUUCCCAGGGAUACCUGGAAGUCCAGGCCAGAAAGGAGAACCAGGCCACAUACACUCAAAAGGUUUUCCUGGACCACCUGGGUUUAAAGGUCAACCCGGAUUACCAGGAAGAAAAGGAGUUCCAGGAGUUCCAGGUUUCAUAGGCGGACCAGGCUUCAGAGGACAGAAAGGGGAAAGCGGUGGCGACUUGUAUCCUGGACCACCAGGGUUCCCAGGAGAGAAAGGUGAUAAGGGGUUGCCAGGUAGACCAGGCGUCCCAGGUAUCGGUCUUCCUGGUCAACCAGGUCAACAAGGCCUUCCUGGCACUACAGGAAGAAAGGGUGAUGGUGGUGAUGGAUAUCCAGGACCAAAAGGUCUACCUGGCCUCCCUGGGAAUAAUGGGGCUCAAGGACCUAUAGGAGAUCCUGGAGUCUCUGGCCCACCUGGAAGGUCGGGGUUACCCGGAAAUCCAGGGUCUCCAGGAGAAAAAGGCAAUAAAGGGGAAAUCGGUCCACCAGGAUCACUGGGUCCCAAAGGCUCAUGUAAUGCUCUCCCUGGACCACGAGGACCUCCGGGACCAGAUGGCGAUCCAGGACUGCCAGGACCCAAUGGGUUGCCAGGUGAAAAGGGAAAUAGAGGAUUCCCUGGGUUUGGUAAACCUGGCCCUCCAGGUGUGCCUGGAUUUCCCGGUCCAACAGUUCCAGGUCGCCGUGGGGCGACUGGACAAAAAGGAAUUAAGGGAAACAAUGGGUCAUCAGGCCAACCAGGAAUGACAGGAGACCCUGGACCGGAUGGAUUGCCAGGAUAUGGACCACAAGGAUUGCCUGGAAGUAUAGGACCACCAGGGGGAAUUGGUGAACCCGGACGUGAUGGAAAUAAAGGUUACCAAGGUCCACCAGGAGAGACUGGGGAUAAAGGACUAAGAGGGCCUCCAGGGCCUCCAUCUCCAUCACCUAUUGAGGUUGUUGGCCCUCCAGGAGAGACUGGUCCACCAGGUCAUCCUGGGCUACCCGGUCCCUGGGGAGAUACUGGAAGAAUUGGAGCAAAAGGACUUUGGGGAAGUACUGGAGCACCGGGGAGGCCUGGGAAAAGAGGUCUUCCGGGUGACCCAGGUAUUCCGUCAUACUUAAAAGGCGGCCCAGGACCUACUGGGAUUCCAGGCGAUCCAGGAAGACAAGGAAAUCCUGGGUCAAAAGGACUAAAAGGGAACCAGGGAAUCCCUGGCGGGCCUGGCACAGAAGGGCUACCAGGUCCAAGUGGUUACAAAGGAGAAAAAGGAGAACCAAACUAUGACGGAUAUGGCCCACCUGGACCACUUGGACAAAAAGGAGAACCAGGAUUAAGCAACACACAUACGAUGAAAGGAGAAAAAGGAGAGCCUGGUAUUGUUGGACCUGACGGUUUACCAGGAUCUCGUGGAUUUAAGGGAGAACCAGGAUACCCUGGACAAAAUGGUUCACCUGGAUAUCAAGGACCAAGAGGUUUAGAUGGACCACAGGGACGCAAAGGACUUAGAGGGCCAAAUGGACCACCAGGUUUCCCAGGACCACAAGGUGGUACUGGUCCUCAAGGUUCCAAAGGCAACCAAGGACAAGAUGGGUACCCUGGACCACCAGGCCAAAAAGGCGACUCAUAUGGGAUUGAGGGACCACCAGGUCCGCGUGGUCCUCCGGGUCAGCCAGGUCCACUUGGAAAUCCUGGUUCCCCUGGCUCUCCUGGUUUUGGAAUACCUGGAUUAAGAGGAGACAGAGGACCUACAGGACAACAUGGGACGUCUGGUCCCAGAGGACCACCAGGAAGAGAUGGGCCAUGUUUUCCCGGGGCAAAAGGAGACCGUGGACUUGAUGGCCGACCGGGAAUUACAGGUUAUCCCGGUCCACCUGGACCUCCAGGCCCUCCAGGACCUGGAAUAAAAGGGAACAGAGGAGACCCUGGCCCCUCAGGAAGCCCAGGCUAUACUGGACCUCUAGGAGAGCCAGGCAUUCCUGGUCCACCUGGUCCAAGAGGCCAACCUGGAAAUCUGGGACCAAGUGGUGAUGCAGGUCCUCCUGGAAAUAAUGGGUACCCUGGUGACAAGGGAGACAUUGGCUAUAUACAGGGCCAACCUGGUCAACCUGGGAGAAAAGGUUUUCCAGGACAACCUGGUGUCAAAGGAGAACCAGGGUAUGGCAGGGUAAUAUAUGAACCAGGACCCCCGGGCCUACCUGGUCCUCCUGGAAACACUGGCGCCACAGGCAACACUGGACCAGCUGGACCAGCAGGCAUACCAGGUCCCCCAGGUACCAAAGGAGUGCAAGGUUCCAGCCCAGUGGGACCACCUGGAUUUCCCGGUCACAAAGGUGACAAGGGAGCGUCAGGAUUGCCAGGUCUUCCAGGCAGCCCUGGCAAUCCAGGCAACAAGGGCCAAAAGGGAUUACCAGGACCAAGUAGAUACAGCUAUGUGACCAGCUUCCUAAUUGCACGACACAGUCAAAGUACUCUUCUACCACAAUGCCCUGAAGGCACCACCCUUCUCUACUAUGGCUACUCUUUCCUCUUCAUUAACGGAAAUGAGCGGUCUCACGGUCAAGACCUGGGCACCUCGGGAAGCUGUCUACCUCGAUUUUCCCCCAUGCCUUUCCUCUUCUGUGACACGGAGUCAAAUUGCCGCUAUGCUUCUCGUAACGACUACUCCUACUGGCUGACUACUGAUGCGCCUAUGCUUCCCUCCAUGGUUGCUGUCACAGGGGAGAGAUUGUCCUCCCACAUCAGCAGGUGCUCAGUAUGUGAAACUACCUCUAAUGUCAUAGCGGUCCACAGUCAGACAAUUCGGGUACCAAACUGUCCGUAUGGCUGGGAGUCCCUCUGGAGUGGAUAUUCAUUUGUCAUGCAAACAGGCGUUGGUGCAGAGGGCUCUUCCCAGCCACUGGUCUCUCCAGGAUCGUGCCUUGAACAUUUCCGCCAAGUGCCUUUUAUAGAGUGUCAUGGCAGAGGGACGUGCAACUACUACCCUGAUUCAUACAGCUACUGGCUGGCGUCCCUCAAUCCUGACAUGUUCAGCAAACCCCUUCCUCAGACGGUGAAAGGGCCCUCUCAAGAAAACAUCAUUAGUCGUUGUCGGGUUUGCCGCAAACAAUAGAAACUUAAGGAAUGUAACAGAUAUUCAAAUAUACUUUUUAGUACAAUUUGAUAUGUUCUCGUCAAUUUUUAGCAUCAGUAGGAAAGUAUUGUAAGGCUUUGGCUAAGUUAAAAAUGAUUAGUCUCUCUUAUGAAUUAACAAAAAUAAGAUUUCCUCUGAUGUCAUCACCACAAACACAAAGUUUGUGUACAUUCACAAAAUCAAAAACAAUAUCAUGACGUCAAAAAAUGCAAUCUGACUGAUGUUCCAGAGAACAGACUGGGCCAUACGAUGAUCAAUGUACGUACAGACAACUAUGUGAUGAUAUGGUGCUUUCCUGUAACAAGUCUUACUUUAUGGUCCUUUAAAUAAAACACACCUCAGCAUUUACCUAGCAGAAUAUAAUUUUAAUGGCAGCUGUGCAAGAGUGGAUAAUAAUGCUAAUGUGCAUUAAAAUUAAUGAAAUGUGUAGCGAGUCGAUAUAUCUUACAGGGGUUGUAGUGUUCCAUGUGUGUUUAAUUACUGUAUUGUGAUGUAUUUCGUAGUCAUAAAUGCAGAGACUGCUGUACAGGUACCCACGCCAGAUGUAAGACUAGAGACGUCUAUUGUGUGCCAAUACAAGAGCUUUAGGUCAUGAAUUACACUGUGUCAGAGGGGUAUUUUUUAAACAGUAAGCCUCUGAAUGUGGUUGUACUUUACAUUCGAAUAACGGUACUACAUCAUGUUGGAUCAUGUUUUGAUACACGUAAAAAAAUUGACAAAAUACAAGUAAUACCAAAACUGGUACUUCCGUACAGUUAAGGGCACAAUUACUCAUACCCUAGCCAAAUUUUGAGUUCAAGUGUACAUUUUUUAAGUUUUCGGCAUGAUUCCAAAAGGACCCUGGUUAAUUCCAGAAUCAUUUAGAACAUUGUAAUAAACUGUCAUUUCAAAAGUUUGAAUAUACAGUAAAUAGGUAUUUAGUCAACCACUAAUUGUGCAAGUUGUCCCACUUGAAUAUAUCAGAGA